AUGAACAAUAUUACGGGCAAAUUCGCAUCAGUUCGCAAAAUCCGCCACUUAGUGUCAGGGGAGGAGUACGCAGCAAAGUUCAUACGCAAGCGGCGGCGCGCAGCGGACACCACUCGCGAGAUCCUGCACGAGGUCGCUGUACUUGCACUCUGCGCUGAUUGCACAAGAGUCGUCAGUCUGCACGAGGUCUAUGAGACACGUUCAGAAGUGGCGAUCGUCCUAGAAUUGUGUGCGGGGGGAGAAUUACAACGUCUUUUGGACGAGGAAGACAGAUUAUCCGAAGGAUCCGCGCGGCGGGCACUUCGUCACGUUCUAGAAGGCCUAGCACAUUUACAUGCACGCCGUGUGGCCCACCUAGACCUCAAACCACAGAACCUUCUUCUAACCGCUGGGAGUGAAGAACUGUUGAUAUGUGACUUCGGCAUCAGCCGUGCCAUACACCCUGGAGCACAUGUCCGCGAAAUAUUAGGCACGACGGAUUAUGUUGCGCCUGAAAUCCUGUCCUACGAACCCCUUUCCUUGGCCGCAGACAUCUGGUCGGUCGGUGUCCUGGCGUACGUCCUCCUCAGCGGGUACUCGCCAUUCGCGGGUGACACCAAGCAGGAAACGUACCUCAACAUAGCGCAGUGCCAGCUCAACUUCCCCAAGCGACUGUUCCGGGGGGUGUCGCAUCAAGCCAUACAGUUCAUUAAAGAGACUCUUGUCGUUGAUCCUAAGGGUCGUCUUACAGUGGAAGAGUGCCUGGAGCACCCCUGGUUAAAAGACGAGGUGGACCUGCCGCAUGCCAUCGUGGGUGUCGGCUUUGACGUCAACGAACUCGCACACGAUGACGACGAUGAUGAGGAUAUCACCCUCAGUGGCGUCAGCGUUGACGCUGGCAACGGAGUCAACGGUGUAAACGGAGUUAACGGCGUUAAUGGAGUUAACGGCGUCAAUGGCGUUAACGGACAUAAUGGAGUUAACGGUCACAACAGUGUCAAUGGAUGCAAAGGGACCAAUGGGGCACAUGAUGAUAACAAAGAAUCAUGUGUGUCUCGAACGCCACAGGGUUCACCCCCAACCCCGCGCUGCGAGCGAUCCGAGCGCUUAGAGCGCGUGGAGAGCGACGAGUGUGAUGAGCGAGGCGAGCGCGCUGAGCGCGACGAGCGUUCUGCCGACAAGCCACUCAAGCACGCACACGCGCGAGACUUUUCGCCACCCUUCCCCGAUGCACCUUCCACGCCCAAGGUGUCGCGCAAGUCCCACCACGCGCCUUCGGUGCUGGCCCUGUGCAAGAAGUUCCAGCCCGACUACGAGAAACCGGCCACGCUGGCGCACGCGCACCUGGAGCCGUGCGACUGGGGCCCGCCCGCGCCCGACCGCGCCGUGCUGUGCUAG